UGUUUGUAGUAGUCUUCAAUGAAGUAGAAAGAAGCUAAUAGAAACUUAAUAAACAAAACAAGUUAACAGCUUGAUUUAAUUUCGCAAUUUUUUUCAAACAGUUUAAAACUGUGCCCUGAUGUCGGCGUUUUGCUUUUAUUAUUUUUACCAUUAAAUGAAAAGAUGAGACCGUGCAACUUUCUUUAUAGCAUUCAUUCAGACCAAAGGAUUUGAUUUGAAUUUACUCUUAACCUUUUUAAUCUUCCCAUAAUGAAUUAACGUAUUUUAUCUUUUUCUUCUUACCCUGAAAGAUGUUCUUUUGUGUAGCUUUCCUCAGAAACAUUUUAAAUAUUGCAAAAAUAUCAAGUUCUAGCUCUUCAUGUUUAUAUUUUCAUAAGUUAUGUUUCAAUAAGUCAAAAGAGGUCUAUGUUUGUUGCCAAAUAAAUUAUGCUUUGAUGAAUCUAUUUUCAUCUGCACCUCAAAGAACACUUAUGAGCACGGUUUAUUCAUUAAGUAUGACAUUCUAUGCAUGGAAUUGUCACUCAUUUGAUCAGGGAAUAGUCACUCAAAAAACUUCAAAGGCUGAGCAAGAAACAUCCAUGCAGGCAAUUUUGUGUGAUGGAGUAAUAAAAGAGCAAGUUCCUGAUGAAAAAGUUAAAAUCUAUUUUGAAACUGCGAAAGGAGAAAAAAUUGAAUGUUUUGCUUGUGCAAAUAAGAAUGUAAUGAAUGCUUCAAUAGAAAACGACAUCGCCAUGCAUGGCAAUUGUAAUGGUGAACAAAUUUGCAGUGUUUGCCAUGUAUAUACAGAUGAAAAGUAUCAGGAAUUUAUGCCAAAAAUAUCUGAAGAUGAAGCUGAAAUGUUAGAUAUGGUCCCUAAUGUUCAAGAAAAUUCACGUCUCUCUUGUCAAAUCAUUGUUAAAAAAGAGUUGGAAGGUGCUGUGUUUAAAUUACCUCACUAUAAUGGUCCAUCCUAUGAAGAUCCAGAAGAGAAAUGAUAGAUUAUUGAACUUUGUUUAAUUUAAAAUUAAAUUAUGUUAAAAAUAUGGAUUAUAUGUGAAAUUUCAUAUUGUUAUUUUUAAUGAUAUUUAGUUAUAUUUUUGUUAUUUAUUGUAAAUAACAAAUUGUGGAAUUAAACGUAAUUGGGAAAGUAAAGUUAUGUGUCUUGCUGAGAACUUUUCUAAUUAAUGUAAAACAAUAUUUAAUAUUAUAUUUAUUUGCAAUUAUGCGUAAAAAACUGCAAUUCAUUUGUCCUUCAUAAACUGUACUUAUGAAGAAAAAGGUGUCUAAAGAUGAAAUUGUACACACAAUUAAGAAAACUUGGAUUAUAAUAUUAAGUUUAGGAUAAUUUUUUGGCAUCUUAAUAAAAUGCUUUUGUUGCAUGGACAUAAUAUACCAAAAUGUACAGUAAAACCAUUUUAUAUAAUAUCUUAACUUUGUUUAAAUGUGUCAAUUUUUUAAAUGAAUUGAAAAAUUUUUUUAAAAUAAUUUUUACUGACUCAGAUUUGUUUUAAAACAUUUCCCUAACAAUGCAUGCUUUUUUUUUACCAUAUCUCAUCACCGAACCACGGCCAAACACUUAGCCCUGUUUUUCAGAGCUUUAUCUUUUAAUGGCCUCAGUAGGAAUGCCACAUAAGUUAGACUCUAGUCAGGAAAUGCAGGCAGCGUCUGAGCUAGUACCUGCCUCUCCAAAUUUCCAACCCACAACCAACCAGAGGUCUUGCAGUUAUGACGGAUUUAACAUGCACUUUGGCGGGCACGCAUGCUCAGUCGACUGCCAGGAUUGAACUCUUGACCUUCAACUCUUCACCAGCAGAGUGAGUCAUGCUUUCUCUGACUGUUUCACAAGAGUGUGCUGCCCAUUUUUUAUCAUUAGAAUUUUUGGUUUUUGAGAGUAUAUGUUUGUAAUUGAUAGAUUUGUUUUGAUAAUUUAUAUUCAACAUGCACAUUUACAGAAAUAUUUAAAUUGUUGAAAUUUGUGAAUGUAAAUUCUAAAAGUAAUGAUUAACGUUUAGGAAUUUAAUUGUAUUUUUCUUUUCUAAUAUUGGUUAAAAAGUUCCAAAAGUAAUUAUUUUAAAAAAGGUAAAUAAACUACAUAAUGAUCAAUAUAAUUUUUCUAGCACACAUUUUAUUGUGCAAUUACAAGUUUAGAGUCCUUUUAUAUAUCAAUAAAAUAGCGGUCAGAAACAGAAGUUAUUAGCAUUGUGUAAAAAAUAGUAUGAGGAUAGUUUGUGCCUUAAUAAUUUCAUUACAGUAUUUAUUGUGUUCAAGACUUCAUGACAUUCAGAUUUUAUGAAAAUAUUUUUGUAUAUUGUACUUUAGAAAUAAACUUAUGAUAUGCUGGACUUAAAAAA